UGCUCCAAAGAGUAGAAGAAGAAGAUGAUGAUGAUCAGCAUGUGGGGUAUCUACGUUGCAAUCUUCAUCAGUCGCAUCCUAAAUGAAUGAAUCGAGCUUUACAUCUCUUGUGGACAUUUAACGUUUAAACCGAGGAGAUGAAAUGAGACAAUAACCAAAAAUCAUCGUCAAAACAGCUGCCACCCGUACAGCAGACAAAAUGAGCAAGGACGCGCCUGCUGACCGUGGUUUUCUGGUCGCCAUCAUUUUCUUCAUCCUGGGAUUGGGAACGCUGCUGCCAUGGAACUUUUUCAUGACCGCCUCAAUGAGACUCAACACAUCUGAAUCGGGGAACGGAACGAUAGCAUCCGGAAAAGAGUAUUAUUUCAACAACUGGAUGACGCUGCUUUCCCAGCUGCCUUUGCUGCUGUUCACGCUGCUCAACUCUAUUCUCUAUCCACGGAUCUCGGAGAAGAUGAGGAUUGGAGGAAGUCUAGUCUUCAUCUUCCUGCUCUUCUUCCUCACUGCCGUCCUGGUGAUGAUCCCCAUGGAGGAGGACCGGUUCUUCUCCAUCACCAUGGCGACCAUCUGGUUCAUCAACUGUGAAGCUAAAAGUGACUCUGCAGCUCUGGGUUAUUUCAUCACUCCAUGUGUGGGGACUUUAAUCACACUCUUCAGUUACAUGAUGCUUCCCAAACUGGAGUUUGCAAGAUUUUACCUGGAAAACAAAGGCAAGAGCUACGAGUUGGAGACAUCCAGAGAGCUGCUGCCCACAGGUGAUGCUGAAGUCUCUGAGAAGACGAGUGAACCGCUGAAUGGCCCUGUGGCCAACGGGACUCCCAGUAAUGGCAUUAACAGUGUGAGUGAAGAGGAUUCUGGGAAACAGGCCUUCAUCUCGCUGCAGCAAGAAAGCGCGUCCACUCAGAAGAGCUCCGUCAUCCAGGUCUUCAGGAAGAUCUGGGUGAUGGCCUUCUGCGUGACCUUCGUCUUCAUUGUUACGCUCUCGGUUUUUCCUGCUGUCACUGUGGACGUGAAAACUGCCUAUGGAGGAAAAUGGGAACAAUACUUCAUUCCAGUGUUUUGCUUUCUCUGCUUUAACUUGUGUGACUGGGCUGGCAGAACCGUGACCUCAGUGUUUAAGUGGCCGCAUAAAGACAGCCGUCUGUUUCCUCUGCUGGUGGUGAGUCGUGUGAUCUUCGUGCCGCUGCUGAUGAUGUGUAACGUACAGGACCGACAGAACCUGCCUGUGCUUUUCUCCAACGACUUCAUCUUCGUCUUCAUCAUGCUGCUGUUCUCCGUCUCCAGCGGAUACUUUGUGUGUUUGUCCAUGACCUACGCACCACAGCUUGUGGAGCCUAAAGACGCAGAGACUGCCGGAGCCCUGAUGACCUUUUUCCUGGCUCUGGGUUUGUCUUUAGGAGCAGCGAUUUCAUUCCCGCUGCGCUUACUGGUCUGACACACACACACACACACACACACACACACACACACAAAUGGAUGCUCUCAGGGCCACUGAAGGAAAGUGUGUGUGUGUGUGUGUCAGCUGUUCAUAUAAAUCACACACGCACACACAUUAAGAAAAGGAAGAGCUCUCUCUGGCAGCUUAAAACAUGCAAAUACUGUGCAUCAUC